GGGGUACAUAAACUACCACCAGCACAUCCAUGGACCCCCUUUGCAUCACACCACCAUGUCUCUCACCCGCGUUUCUCCUCUGAAGUCUUUGUGCAUCCGUUCUUAUGCAACAGCAGCUGGUUUGAGCACAACAGCCCGUUCCAAGGCUGAACAGCUAUCGUCAGAUUGGAAAGGAACAAGUGCGACCGGUGGUAAAACCAAGAACUUCAUUGCCGGCGAUUUUGUCGAAAGUCAAGCUACAGAAUGGCACGACGUUCUCGAUCCAUCGACACAAACCUUGCUCUCACGAGUACCAGAAACAACAUCCGCCGAAUUCGACCAAGCCGUGGGUGCUGCGUCACAGGCUUACAAGACUUGGAGCAGAACCAGCGUGCUAACUCGUCAAAGAUUUGCGAUAGAGCUUCAACAUCAGAUUCGUAAACACGCAGAUUCCUUGGCCAGUAGCAUCGUCUUGGAACAGGGUAAAACGUUUGCAGAUGCCCAUGGAGACGUUCUUCGCGGGCAACAAGUAGUCGAAAGUGCUAUUGGCAUUACAUCGAAUUUGUUGGGCGACAAAAUCGAAGUUAGCAAAGACAUGGACACUGAGGUCCGGAGACUGCCUUUAGGCGUUUGUGCAAGCAUAUCUCCUUUCAACUUCCCUGCGAUGAUUCCACUGUGGUCAAUACCUAUGGCGACCGUCACCGGUAAUACGCUCAUUCUGAAACCUUCCGAACGCGAUCCUGGUGCAGCUAUGAUUAUUGCCGAAUUGUGCGAACGCGCAGGCCUUCCACCUGGUGUCGUCAACAUAGUUCAUGGCACUGUGCCUACUGUUAAUGCCAUAUGUGAUAAUCCUUCGAUCAAAGCCAUCAGUUUUGUCGGUGGAGACCGAGCAGGGAAGUACAUUUAUGAAAGAGGUACCCAGAAUGGAAAGCGCGUACAGGCAAACCUUGGAGCGAAGAAUCAUGCCGUUAUAAUGCCAGAUGCAAAUAAGAAUCUUGCCCUGAAUUCAAUAUUGGGUGCCGCUUUUGGUGCCGCUGGUCAACGUUGCAUGGCUAUCUCUGUCGCCGUGCUUGUCGGAACUGCGCAAUCUUGGCUCCCAGAGCUUGCUGAGCGGGCCAAGGCGCUCAAAGUCAACGGUGGUUUCGAAAAGGGCGCUGAUUUGGGACCUCUUAUUUCGCCUGCUGCGAAACAACGUGUCACUGGUCUAAUCAGCUCCGUAGAGGAAGAGGGCGGUAAGAUUCUCCUAGAUGGGAGGAAUGUCGUCGUUCCAGGUUAUCCAAAUGGUAAUUUCAUUGGACCUACAAUUGUUGAGGCUGUCACCACAAUGAAAUGCUACAAGGAAGAGAUAUUCGGCCCCGUUCUCGUAGUAUUGACUGCCGACACCUUGGACGACGCUCUAGAUAUCAUCAAUGCCAACAAGUAUGGAAACGGCACUGCUAUUUUCACGCAAUCUGGAGCUACAGCACGUAAAUUCGAGCACGAGGUGAAUGUGGGACAAAUCGGUAUCAACGUACCUAUUCCUGUACCUUUGCCUAUGUUCUCGUGGAGUGGAAACAAGGCCAGCGUUCUGGGAGACCUAGGGUUCUAUGGCAAAAGUGGUAUCAACUUCUACACACAAAACAAGACCAUCACGAGCUUAUGGCGGGCAGAGGAUGCAACUGGGAACCGUGCCUCCGUGGAUAUGCCCACGCAUCAUUGAGCUGAUAAGAGCAUUAUCAGCAUACCCAUUUAUUCACCGUGUCAGGAAUCGACUCUAUGAUGAUUGUACUACUAAGCUUGUCAAUCGCUUCGAGGAGAACAAUACUAUCUCGUGGAACUGAAGCAGUGCAUUUACUCGAAACUCACGAUAGUAGACAGAUUGCAUCGUUCAAAAAACGAGGUGACUGGUCAACUUCGAUAC